AUGCAGCAAGACGACUUUGACAUAUACGGUGAAGAUAUUCAACAGCAAGUCCAGAAUGAGGAUACCGAACCUCAGAAAGUACCCACUGAGGUAAAUAAGGUUGAACCGUCAGUCGGCGAGAAACGAGAGAGAGAGAACUCAGGAGAACCGGAUGAGUAUCAGGGCGAACAAUCCAUCGCUGUUAUGGGAGGCGCUACUCAAACGAUUACCAACCCUGGGCUCAUUAAUACCCAAAGCGGCACGAAUUCUGAUGCUUUGUAUAUUGGAGAUUUACAAUGGUGGACAACCGAUGAAGAUCUUCGACAAGUUGGUCUCAUGCUCGGGCUCAACCUCGACCAUAAAGAUAUAACAUUCUCCGAACACAAGGUCAAUGGGAAAAGCAAGGGAAUCGCAUAUGUUGAAUGUGGAGGCUAUGACAAUGCAGUCGCUCUCAAAAACUGGUUUGACAAUAAUGAUUUCCAAAACCGCAAAGCUACUGCAACCUUAAGUUCCUCGGCCCAAGGAAAUCCAUUUCGUACACUACCCAAAGAACCACCUGUUCGCGAAGGUCGGGUUCAACCUCAGCAAAGUGGUACAAUGCAGCCCCAAGUCAACACUGUCCGUGGCGGAGGCACCUUCCGAGGUCGUGGUGGAAUGCGUGGCGGCGUGCCCAACGGCGGUGGUGGUAGCGGAAAUAUGGGCAUGGCAAACAUGGGUAUGGGCAACAUGGGUAUGAACAUGGGUAACAUGAUGGGCAACAUGAUGGGUAACGUCGGUAUGAGUAAUAUGGGCAUGAGCAACAUGGGUAUGGGUGGUUUCAUGGGCGGCGGCGGUGCCUUCAGCCGAGGCGGAGGGAUGAUGCCUCGAGGGGGCGGUAUGAUGGCGCGCGGCGGAAUGAUGGGUUUGGGUAUGGGUAUGAUGCCAAAUAAUAUGAUGGGGAUGGCUAGUGGACGAGGUGGUCACUUGAACCCAGCUUUCGUUCAAGGUGGCGGCCAUUUCCAUGGCCCAGAUGGACCAAGAAAAAGAUUCAGGCCGGAGGAAAGUUGA